GUGGGCGGAGGCGGUCCCGCUGCGCCCGUGCCUUCGGGAGUCUCUUUGCCUUUUCCACCCACUCCCACCUGCCACCCCUCGGAUAUCAUGUCUAAGGCGGCCGGAGGCGCAGCAGCGGCGGCUGAAAGUUGUCCCUCAGCCCCUGCUGGCUCAUCUGCGGCCUCCGUGGUGGAGGACCUGUCUAAAGUGUCGGAUGAGGAGCUACUGCAGUGGAGCAAAGAGGAUCUGAUCCGCAGCCUGCGGCGCGCUGAGGCAGAGAAGGUGAGCGCGAUGCUGGACCAUAGCAACCUCAUCCGCGAGGUGAACCGACGCUUGCAGCUGCACCUAGGCGAGAUCCGCGGCCUCAAGGAUAUCAACCAGAAACUCCAAGAGGACAACCAGGAACUGAGAGACCUCUGCUGUUUCCUGGAUGAUGACCGGCAGAAAGGCAAGAGGGUUUCCCGGGAGUGGCAGAGACUGGGCCGCUACACGGCCGGCGUGAUGCACAAGGAAGUGGCCUUAUACCUGCAGAAGCUGAAAGAGCUGGAGGUGAAGCAGGAGGAGGUGGUGAAGGAGAACAUGGAGCUCAAAGAGCUCUGUGUGCUGCUGGAUGAAGAGAAGGGUGCGGGCUGUGCCGGCAGCCGCUGCUCCAUAGACAGCCAGGCCAGCCUUUGCCAGCUUGCGGCCUCCACCGCGCCCUACGUGAGAGAUGUGGGUGACGGCAGCAGCACCUCUAGCACAGGUAGCACUGACAGCCCUGACCAUCAUAAGCACCACGUGAGCAGCGGCAGCCCUGAGCACCUGCAGAAGCCCCGUGGCGAGGGCAGCCCUGAGCACUCAAAGCACAGGAGUGCCAGCCCUGAACACCUACCAAAACCCAGGGCCUCUGGGACCCUUGAUCAUCCCAAAGCUCUCAAAGGACCCAGCCCCGAGCACCACAAACCCUUGUGUAAGGGCAGCCCGGAACAGCAAAGGCACCCACACCCGGGAGGCAGUCCCGAAACACUGCCCAAACACGUCUUGAGUGGGAACCCUGAACACUUCCAGAAGCACAGGCCAGGGAGCAGCCCUGAGCAUGCCAGGCACAGCGGAGGGAGUCCAGAGCAUCUGCAGAAACAUGCCCUCAGUGGGAGCCUUGAGCAUCUUCCCAGAGUCAGGGGCACCAGCCCCGAGCAUCUCAAACAGCAUUAUGGGGGAAGUCCGGAUCACAAACACAUGGGAGGUGGAGGCAGCGGCAGUGGCGGCGGCAGCAGUGGAGGCAGCAGGGAAGGCACACUCCGCAGGCAGGCCCCAGACGACCUGUCACCCCAUCACCGGAGCAUCUACAGCAGCAUGAACGAAUCAACCUUGUCCUAUGUUAGGCAGCUGGAGGCAAGAGUAAGACAGCUGGAGGAAGAAAAUCGCAUGCUGCCCCAGGCCCCACAGAAUAGAAGGCAACCUCCAACUAGAGACAGCUCAAAUAUGGAGAAAGGCUGGGGGCCCAGAGCCCGGCGGGUCUUGCAGUGGUGGCAAGGGUGCCGAGGAAUAGGACGAUGCCUGCCCACUCUCCCGGGUUCUUUUAGGUUGUCAUCAGGGGCUGAUGGGAGUAACAGUUCAGCCAACUCUCCAGCUAGCUUCAGUGGACAUACCACACCUUCUCAACAGCCUGAACCCGUGGUACAUUCUCUUAAGGUUGUGUGGAGGAAACUUGGAGAUGCUGCAGGUUCGUGUCCUGGAAUUAGGCAACAUUUGUCAGGAAAUCAAUACAAAGGACCGAUGUGA